AUGUCUAGAGAAAGCUUCUGGCUUAAGUCUCUGCCACUGAAUCAGAUAUGCCUCCUGUCGAACCACUGGAACUGGAACUACCAGUGGUACCGGUGCCGGAGGUACUGGUACAGCUGUAGGUAUAAUGGGUAUCGCAUUCAGGUUCCCUGGUGGGGUAGCAGGAUUCCCUUGCAGAUUCAUCAAUGCAGUGAUCGUUUGUUACUGUUCCGUAACCUGACGAUGGAGCUCGGUAACCACAUGGAUCAGAUCAGGUGGAGCGGGAUUAGUGGUCUAACUCUAAUACGUAACUUUGUAUCACUUGGACCGAAUCCUCCGCUUUGCCUUCCCAUCUCUGGUCUCUCUGUUUCCGCUCCUACUCCGCACAAAACCCUAGCAGCCAUGGCGGACGACGGUUUCCCGGCUGCACGCCUCUUCAGUCAGGGCGUAUCGUACACCUACGACGACGUUAUUGUUCUUCCCGGCUAUAUCGACUUCCCCGCCGAUGCCGUCGACUUGUCCACCCGUCUCUCCCGCCGCAUCCCCCUCGCCAUUCCGUGCGUCGCCUCUCCCAUGGACACGGUAUCCGAGUCCUCUAUGGCCGUCGCCAUGGCUGCCCUCGGCGGCGCCGCCAUCGUCCACUGCAACGACGCCCCUUCCCGACAGGCCGCCAUCAUCCGCUCCGCAAAGGCCCGACGCAUCCCCUUCGUCACCGACCCCGUCUUUCUCUCCCCCUCGGAUUCCGUUCCCGACUUCGGGUCCGCGGCCUAUGCCCUAGUUACCGAGUCGGGCGGAUCCAAGUCGAAGGUUGUCGGCGUCGUCGCGAGGUCCGAUUGGGAGUCUCUAUCUGACAAAAACUCCUUAAUAGUCCGCGAGUACAUGCGUCCGGCACCGGCGUCCGUUCCCGCGUGCUAUGACUUCGAAAAGGUGGCGUCUUUCCUCGCCGGCGGGGGAUUGGAGUGCACGCCGCUGGUGGACGAAGAGGGAGAGAUUGUGGAUCUGGUCACCAAGGAAGAUGUCGAGAGGAUCCGGGAAUUUCCGAGAUUAGGAGUGCCAUCUCUGGGCCCGGAUGGGAGGUUCCUCGUUGGCGCAUCUAUAGGAACUCGGGAAUCGGACAAGGAGAGACUCGAUCAUCUCAUGAAGGCCGGGACGAACGUGGUGGUGGUGGAUAGCUCACAAGGGAACUCAAUAUACCAGUUAGAAAUGAUCAAGUAUGCGAAGAAUAUGCACCCUGAUUUGGAUGUGAUCGGUGGGAAUGUCGUCACGAUCGCGCAGGCUCAGAAUCUGAUCAUGGCCGGAGCUGAUGGAUUGAGGGUGGGAAUGGGAUCAGGAUCCAUAUGUACUACUCAGGAGGUCUGUGCUGUCGGCAGAGGACAGGCAACCGCAGUGUACAAAGUUUCAUCUUUUGCAAAGGACCAUGAUGUGCCAGUUAUUGCUGAUGGUGGGAUUUCAAAUUCUGGUCAUAUUGUGAAAGCUUUGACACUAGGAGCUUCCACUGCUAUGAUGGGUAGUUUUCUUGCUGGAAGCACUGAGGCUCCUGGGGUUUUUGUGGAUCUGAAUGGCCACCGGGUCAAGAAAUAUAGGGGAAUGGGUUCUCUUGAAGCCAUGACAAAGGGAAGUGACGCAAGGUACUUGGGUGACACACUAAAGCUUAAAGUUGCUCAGGGAGUUGUUGGUGCUGUUGCUGACAAAGGCUCCGUAUUGAAGUUUAUUCCCUAUACGAUGCAAGCUGUGAAGCAAGGUUUUCAGGAUCUCGGUGCAUCCUCUUUGCAAUCAGCUCAUGAUCUGUUGCGUUCAGAGGUUUUGAGAUUGGAGGUUCGAACAGGAGCAGCACAGGUAGAGGGAGGCAUUCAUGGAUUGGUUUCAUACGAGAAGAAAUUCUUUUAAGAACGUGUGAGAGUUUCUUAGACAUUUAGUGAUGUAAUUCUGAGGCGGAUUACACUGUCAUCUUCCACUCGAGUGUUGCUCUUCUAUCUUCUUUUGAAUUAUGAUUGUACUUGGAAUACAGAUAAUUUAAUGCUAUUUGCAACAACUGGCGCUGAUUGAGUUCA